AUGGACACGCCUGACCUGGUCUCCCCGAGUCCCAUCACCUGUGGGCCCUGCCCCACCACAUGGUACAUUCCCAGCACCUCUCAGCAACCCCGCAGUUACCCCUCUGUCAUCCCCUCCUCCUGCACCAACUUUUCAUACACUGGAAAAGAAGUUCUUCAGUUUGCCGAGAUUACAUCUUGGCUGGUGAUUCUGACCUGCUCCAGCACCUCCACACCAGUAUCCUCCUGCCUGCUGGUGGUUGAGAUGAUCCUUGCCACUAUCUUUUUUGCCAUCAACAUGUGUGACCUACAAACCAAGAUAGAAACCAUCAACUGGCCUUGGAGUGAUUUCUUGCAGACCCUCACAGUGGCCAUCCUCUAUCUGAUCACCUCCACUGUUGUCCUUAUGGAGAGAGAAAACCACUCCCAAAUUGUCACAGGGUUACUGGGCCUAAUCGCUACCUGCUUCUUUGGCUAUGCUGCCUAUAUGAUGCCUAUGAUCACCUUACCCUAGAGACAGUAAAGACAUACAGCAGCCCCCACUGACCUUGCAGAUGGCGUAGUGUAG